AUGGAGGGUCAGGGUGAAAACGACGAGCUCUACCCUAUCGCUGUUCUUAUUGAUGAGCUAAAGCACGAUGAUGUCCUCCUCCGUCUUAAUGCAAUCCACCGCCUCUCCACUAUUGCGUUAGCUCUUGGGCCGGAAAGGACUCGCGAGGAGCUCAUCCCUUUUCUCGAUGACUCUGUCGAGGACGAAGACGAGGUUCUGACCGCGCUCAGCGAGGAACUGGGUUCCUUCAUAGAAUAUGUUGGCGGCCCGGAAUAUGGACACGUACUUCUCUCCCCUCUGGAGAACCUAGCCGCCAUUGAGGAACCGUUGGUCAGGGAGAAGGCCGUGGAGUCCCUAAACAAGAUCGGCGAGCAACUAUCCGAAAAGCAGAUUGAAGAAUAUUACGUUCCAAUGGUCCAACGCUUAUCAAAAGCCGACUGGUUUACCUCGAAAGUCUCCGCUACUGGCCUUUACUGCGUUCCCUACAAGAAAUCCUCUCCUUCCCUGCAGCAAACCUUGCGGCAAUUCUUCGCCGGGCUCGUGCGCGAUGAGACUCCAAUGGUCCGGCGUCAAGCAGCCAACAACCUAGCGAAAUUUGUGAAGGAGAUGAACACUCAAGUAGUCAUUGACGAGAUGAUACCCCUUUUCCAGUACUUGGCUGGCGAUGAUCAGGAUAGUGUGCGCCUGCUUACAGUGGAUAUCCUCAUCUCAAUUGCCGAAGAGAUCCCCAAGGAGCAACAGCCGAGCCACGGCGUAUUGCUGACUUCCCUGCGGAGUUUGUUUGAAGAUAAAAGCUGGAGGGUCAGAUAUAUGGUUGCCGACCGCUAUGAGAAGAUCGCCAAAGCAGUGCAUGAAGAAGUUGUAACGCGCGACAUGGUUCCGUCAUUUGUCAAACUUCUGAAAGAUACUGAGGCUGAAGUCCGCACUGCUGUUGCCGGCCAGAUACCAGGAUUCUGCUCUCUGAUUGAUCGGGAAACCUUGCUUAACGAAAUAAUGACCAGUGUGGAAGAUCUCGUCUCGGAUCCGUCUCAACACGUGCGGGCGGCUUUGGGAACUCAGAUUAGCGGUCUUGCGCCAAUUCUCGGGAAGGAAGAAACAAUCUCCCACCUUCUGCCGAUGUUCCUCCAGAUGCUCAAAGACGAGUUCCCGGAUGUCCGGCUGCAUAUAAUCUCCAAGUUGGAAUUGGUUAACAAUGUCAUCGGGAUCGAGCUCCUGUCUCAAUCCCUUCUUCCCGCUAUCGUCCAAUUGGCCGAAGAUAAACAGUGGAGAGUCCGACUUGCCAUCAUUGAAUACAUUCCUCUGCUUGCCAGCCAGCUGGGAGUUAAUUUCUUCGAUGAACAACUCAGCGAUCUCUGCAUGGGCUGGCUUGGCGACACCGUUUUCUCUAUUCGAGAGGCUGCCACACAGAACUUGAGGAAGUUAACAGAGGUGUUCGGCGUCGAAUGGGCCAAGGGCUCGAUUAUCCCGAAGGUGAUGGCCAUGGGCCAACAUCCUAACUACCUCUACAGAAUGACAACGUGUUUCGCAAUCUCCACGCUCGCACCCGUUGCUACUUUGGAUAUCAUUGAGACUUCGAUACUCCCCAUCCUGGACAGACUCGUGUCUGAUGAGAUUCCCAACAUUCGGUUCAAUGUCGCCAAAUCAUAUGCUGUCUUGAUCGACACGCUGCGACGUCUUCCCCCUCAGGGCACUCUAGCGGACGUAGAAAAGACCGGCAAGCCAGCGGGUCCUUCGCCAAAGGGCCAGGAACUUAUCCAACAGAGUAUCCUCCCGAGUCUGGAGAAACUUCAAGCUGACGAUGAUGUUGAUGUUCGGUACUUUGCAACAACUGCCGCUGGCGGCCACGAAGAGGUUAUGCAGACCUCACCGUAG